AUGUCAUCCCACCACAGUCGAGAUGCUUCUCCUCAGCCACCGAUGCACAGCACACCCGGCGCUUUUCCAUCUUCUCCGAACAGCGAGCAGAACCCAGAGGCAAUCUCUGCGCCCCAAUCCUUAUCGCUCGCAGUCAAGGCGAGAAGGUCUGAGUACGUCAAAAAGAAGACGAUCAGAGUCAAGGUGGGCACGUGGAAUGUCGCAGCGCUCAGCGGGACGGAGUUGGACAUCGGUGCGUGGUUCAUUGAGGGCAAGGGGAUCAAGGGACUCGACGAGAACUUGUCAGAGCUCUCUGCAAAGGAGCAGACCGAUACAAGCGCUGGAGAAGAGAAUAUUGAAUCUGUUGAAGAUCAGGAGUUGAGAAGGACGAAGAAGAAAUCCACGAUUCCCAAGGACGACGUACCAGCAGUAGCAGCAGGGGAGGACAUCGACCUCUACGUUUUAGGCCUACAGGAAAUAGUCGACAUAAAUUCUGCCUCUGAAGCUCUACGUCCAUUUGCAGACCCAUUCCCAGGCAAGAAGUGGAAAGCUGCGUUGAAAGAGGCUCUGCCCCAGGGUUACAAACUUAUAGUCGAGCAGCAAAUGUCUGGAUUAUAUCUCCUGGUAUAUGCAUCAGCUGAGCUUGCUCCUUGCAUUAGCUCAGUGAGUAGCACCAGUGUUGGAACAGGGCUUUUAGGGUAUUUGAGAAACAAAGGUGCUGUCUGUGCACGACUUAUUCUCGGAGAGACCACCCGCCUCGUAUUCGUCAAUUGCCACCUUGCUGCUGGAGCAGACAAAGCUGCUCUUGACAGGCGCAAUUGGGAUGUUGGUCAAAUACUGAGUCGCGUAAGAUUUAACCCAAUCACCGAUGGUGCCGAAGUCGUGGAGGAAUACGGUGAUGCAAUAGGGGACGAAGAUUUUGCAUUUUGGUUCGGUGAUUUGAACUAUCGUUUAGACGACAUACCACCAGAGGACGUGAGACGGCUUUUGCUACUGCACACAAGAAAUGAGUAUGAUCUAAACAACAAAUCGAAACGCAAGAUCGACAGCGAGCUUGGCUACAUUUCUGCAGAUCAGGAUUCCUCCUCGAUCAGUGCCGAAAAUGCUUCGCAACAUUCGAAAGGCUCAAAGGACUCUUCAGAGGACGAAGGAGACGGUCUUCCUCUGAGUCCUGGGUCCGAUCCCGCCUCUCUGCACACCACUUUGCGAUCUCUGCUGGUCCAUGAUCAGCUUCACGAUCAACAGAAAAAGCACAAAGCAUUUCAUGAGGGCUGGAGGGAAGGAGAGAUCAAUUUCCUUCCAACGUAUAAAUAUGAUGUUGGCAGUGUUGGUAUGUUUGAUUCUGGUGAUAAGAAGAGGGGCCCAAGCUGGUGUGAUCGCAUCUUGUAUCGGUCUCGGCAAGACCGUAUUGAGGCUGAAAGGAAAUGGAAAGAGGAAGACGAAGCGAAAAAGAGGGAUGCUGAAAUGAAGCAAAGAGGCUUAGACGAGCCAGACGAAGAUGUCAUCUUUGACUCUGAUCCUGGAACUCCGGGCUUUCCCGGUACCCCUGGAUACGCGCCCGGAGACGAUUAUAACGAGGAUGAAGACGCGGCAACCGAAUCAGAGCUUGGGCCAGGUCGACACGGUCCGGAUGAAGCGAUCUCUCUGGAACAUUAUGGCUCACAUCAAAGGGUGCUUUCAUCUGAUCACAAACCCCUGGAUGCGGUUUUCACCAUCACGUAUGAAGCUGUCGUGCCGGAGCUGAAGGCGAAAGUGCAUCAAGAUGUUGCUCGUGAGCUUGACAAGCAAGAGAACGAAGGCCGGCCAGGCGUGACUGUGGUAGUGGACAAUCAGCCGCAAGCCUUGAAUUAUAAAGCUGACGACUCGGCAGAACCAACCGAAAAUAACGGCGUCAACUUUGGCGCAAUCAGAUAUGGCGUUCCCAAGUCCGCCGGGCUGACCGUGGCGAAUACCGGCGGCGUAGUAGCCACUUUUCUUUUCGUUGACCGACCGAUAGGAGAUGGUCAGAAAGAUUCGAUUACCCCCCCAUGGCUUCAUUUAGAAGUCGAUGGAAACAGCGAUAACAAGAACUCCAACCGAAAUGCGCUACAGGAAUACACUCUCCAGCCAGGCGAAACAAGAUACGUCCAUCUUUCUGCCGAGGUGCGGAAGUUUAAACUGGUUCGAAAGCUCAAUGAAGGAAAGAUCCGGCUCGAUGACAUCUUAGUCCUACGUGUCAAGGAUGGCAGAGAUCACUUUAUUCCUCUUGUCGCACGUUGGAUGCAGUCGUCUUUCUGCAGAACCCUCGAGGAGCUCGUCUUGUUGCCAGAAGGUGGCAUCCGGCAAAUGCAGCGGAAUCAUCAAGAGAGUGCGGCAGAUCUGCACAAUCUCGAUGACGCCCAGGAAUCGAUUGAACGGCAUAAGGUUUCUGCGCCUCGCGAAUUAUUUGCACUUACAGAGACUGUGCAGGAUCUAACGCAACGAGCAGUGGCUGAAUGGGACAUGACACAUGGAGACGGUGCUUCACAACCGCCAUGGAAGCAGGAGCCAUUUGGUAAUGGCUGGCCAUUCGAACCACAAUCUUGGACUUUGGUCUCUUCACAGGAACGCUCCCACCUUUUGGCUGCUGCUGCCGAAGCUUUGGAUACAGGCGCUCCGUUGACCUCACACUUCGGUGAAGAAAUAUCAACCCUGCACCGCCUGGAAGUCCUAGCCGAAACGCUCGUCACUUUCCUCCAUUCACUUCAAGACGGCAUCAUCACCACGGAACUCUGGUCGCAGCUCGACUUGCACAUGAACACAGCAAGUAAAUCCAUAUCGACAGACACAGACCCGCAAUCCUGGAUCCUCGAAAUCUUGUCCUCGGCACCAGUCCACAACGUAGCCUUCACAUUUAUCAUGUUCAUGCUUGCUAAGAUUGCCAACGAAAUCGCCCCUCUAUCUUCCUCCCAACCAACAGUCAUCAGUGCCGACUCAAUUCAGUCUCCUCGAGUUUCAUCUGCAUCCACUCACUUCACCACCACCACCACCAACACCAGCAGUAGCGAGCUUCAACAACAGCUUGCUCCGUCUAGCCCCACUUCCCCUACGACAACACGAUCGCAGAUCUCUAUACUCUCCUCAUUCCGCCGCACCAAACCUGCCACCAACACAUCUGAAGAGCCAACAUCAUCAUCAAAAGAAGAAGCAGCGAAGAAGCGUAGACAGGCAAUAGAGCAUGCCUACGCAGACAUCUUUGCCGAGGCUAUGAUCAGGAGGCCGGCUGGUAUGAAAGAUAGGAAGGUCACAAAGGAUAAGAUGAGGAGGGUUUUAUUACCGUUUUUGAGUGGGCUUGUGUAG